AUGACGUCUGUUCAAGUUCUUCUGAUUCUGGCAGCCAUUGCUUCUGUGUCUGUUGCCUAUAGCUACGGAAACAAGUUGAAUGUUGGGAAAUAUGGAGGUGGAUGGGGCGGUUUCGGGGGCUAUGGUGGCCUAGGAAACUACGGUGGAAACGGAAACUUUGGUGGCCUAGGAAAAUAUGGCGCAUACGGAAACUAUGGGAGCCUAGGAAAAUCCGGCGGAUACGGAAACUUUGGUGGCCUAGGAAAAUACGGUGGAUAUGGAAACUAUGGCGGCCUUGGAAGCUGGGGCGGAUAUGGAGGUGUUGGAAACUGGGGAGGCCUUGGAAACUGGGGAGGCGUUGGAAACUGGGGAGGCGUUGGGAGUUUGGGAGGUGCAAGCAGCUGGGCCAGUGCUGGAAGCUGGGGAGGUCUCGGAGGCUGGAGUGGAGGUGUUUACCAACUAGACAAAAGUGUUCAUCUU